AGGCCUUUCAGUACUUGUGUUAAUUGCUGUGAAGCACUGUGAAGUCAAUCCAGCAUGAACCGUAAAGUAUUAACAUUAGUUUUGAUUAGAAAGCUAAAUGAAGUAUUGCUUGGUUAUAAAAAGAGAGGAUUUGGAGUAAACAAAUGGAAUGGUUUCGGAGGGAAAGUGGAAGCAAAGGAAGGUAUUUACGAAGCAGCAGCUAGGGAAUUGAGAGAGGAAUGUGGACUUGUUGUCUUACCUGUAAAUUUGGAAAAGAUUGGCCUAAUCAAUUUUGAAUUCGUGGGGGAUCCUGUUAUUUUGGAAGUUCACGUAUUUACUUCAACUAAAUAUGAAGGCCAUCCUUUUGAAACAGAAGAGAUGUUACCUAAAUGGUUUCAUGUUACGGACAUUCCUUUUGAUGAUAUGUGGGUUGAUGAUAAGUUGUGGUUCCCUCUGUUCUUGUCAGGGAAAAAAUUCAAAGGUUACUUUCUUUUCCAAGGCCAUGAUGUCAUUUUAAAACAUAAUCUGGAGAAUAUAACAUGUUUCUGAAAUUCACCGUUUAAUAAACUUUGUGAUAAGUCCUGUA